CACUCAUUUCCCAUUGCUCACAUCGGCAUCACAGGAGACAGUGGUGCUUCCUCUGCAGCCUCAGCGGCUCUCCAUCACACACAGCCCAUCCCGUCAUCCACCCACCUGCAGCCGCCAUGUGUACAGGAAAGUGCUCCAAGGUGGUGGCCAUCUCCCUCUAUGUGCUAGCUUUGGUCUCCGUCAUCUGCAACAUCAUCCUUUUCUUCCCCGACUUCAAAAGCGAGUUUGUGAGUGAGGAUGGGAAGGAUGGACAGCCGCGGAUCACUCCGGAGGUCAAGUACAUGGGAGGCCUGAUCGGAGGAGGAGUCAUGAUCCUCAUUCCCGCCAUCCACAUUCACCUGACCAGCACCAAGGGCUGCUGCAACAACCGCUGUGGGAUGUUCCUGUCCAUCGGGUUUGCAGCUGUGGGCGUGCUCGGCGCCAUAUACAGUCUGGUUGUAUCCGCUCUGGGUCUUGCUAACGGUCCAGUAUGCUUCUGGAGCAAUACAGAUAAUCUUGUGCCACAGUGGGGAGCCCCUUUUGCGAACAGCUCCGGUGCAUACCUGAGUGACAAGGAUAUCUGGGAUUGGUGCCAUCUGCCCGAUAACGUGGUGGAGUUCAACCUGGGCCUGUUCUGCACCCUGCUGAUCGCUGCGUGCCUGCAAGGCAUCCUCUGUCUCAUCCAGAUGGUGAACGGGCUGUUCGGCUGCAUCUGCGGCACCUGCAAAGACGACGACGACGAUUGAUCUGAGUCUUCAUUCUGCGUCCGAGUCUCAGCGCCGUCACGGGUCACAACCUCCUCCUCCAUAAUCUGAGCAGCAGAGGCGGACAGACGGAUCCUGAAAACACAAAACCCACCCCUUCCUGUUCUCCUGGUGUCAUCUUGAUUUUUAUUAUUUAAAGAGUUCACCCUGGACUAUUUCAGGUCCUUUACAGAUCACAGAUUAGAGUGUCGAUGUUUUCUUCAUUUGGAAAUGUACUUUUUUUUUGUUGAAACAUUUUGUAAUACAAUUUUGUAAACUAGUGAACACAACUGGUCAGUUGUGGGAUUGUUGUACCACAUUUGGAGCUCCUGUUUGUUUAUUUAUUUGGGAAAAUGGGGAAAAAUUUGAAUGAAAUAAAGAAAACCUCUGAAAACAACUGAA